UUAAGUGUAUGUACACUUAUUUAAAGAGUUCAGGAACAGAAAACAAACGGCUAGAUUCGUUCUUGUCGCAUACUCCUACGACCUACGACUCGUUCUCACUUGUAUAUAUGUACAUACAUACACUCGCUCCACACUCCGAGUCGACUGAACACUGAACUCGAACUGACUCGAACUACUAUAAGGUUAAGUAGUAGAAGGCAUAAUACCGACUCUACAACUGGGAUUAAAAAAAACUCGCAAUAGUAGUUCUAUAAAGAUAAAAGACGUUUAUUGUAAGAAAUUGUUAUGUCACUCACGCGUAGAGGACAGCAAUGGGGAACAUUUGCCCGCAUUUGGCACAUAUACAAUGCAAAGUGGCAAGAUCCAUACAAAAGUGCUGAAGUAAUAAAACAUUAUCUUAUGGGACUCUAUAAGCCAAUAUAUCAUCCACUAAACAGUUGCGGCGAUCAUGUAGUAGUAAUAAAUAGCAAAGAAAUCGCCUUACGUGGAGAUGAAUGGCGAAAACGUGUAUAUUUUCAUCACAAUACGUAUCACGGAGGUGCUACUUGGACUCUUGCAUGGGAAUUACAUCAUAAGGAUCCAACUCUGAUUGUAGAAAAAGCUGUAUACAGAGCAUUGCCAAAAAAUUUACAACGAAGGUACACUAUGCAGAGACUACAUAUAUUCCCAGAUGAAAAAAUACCUGAAGACAUAUUGAAAAAUAUUACUAAUGAAAUCAAACAGCUAAGGACCAUCCCUGUCCGAUUAGAUCAUAUUCCACAGAAGGAAGUAGACAAUUUUCCACAACUUUUAAAAUAUCCUAAAAAUUAUAUUCUUGAAUAAUAAAUUCAAUAAAAUAUUAUAAAUAUAUAUAGCAAUUGAAAAUAAUAAUGUAUCUACUAAUGUAUCUACUAAUGCCUAAAAAACCUUGUUUAUAAUUCUUUGCGUAAAUAAAGUUCAAAUAUAUCUGCU